AAUAAUACAACCAACCUUGACAACCCAAAAUCCCUACUCUACUAACCUCACUUUUCCCGCCACAUCAAAUCAUAAAUAAUGGAACAAAACGAGCCAAAUAAGCCCGAAACUCAAGAGAUUACCGAAGGGCUCGCCAAGAUUAAAACCCUGGGUAGUGUUUUUUACAACCCGGUCCAAGAAUUCAACCGUGAUUUGAGUAUUGUGGUCCUAAACACCUUUGCGAAAGACUACAAAGGUGAUUUUCAAACCGUGUGGGAGGCUGGGCACAAAUACGACGACGGGAUCAGUAUUUUAGAGGCCCUCUCUGCCACUGGUUUAAGAAGCAUAAGAUACGCCAAAGAGGUCAAAGGCGUUAAAGAAAUCAUCGCUAAUGAUAUCUCAAUCAAGGCAGUGGAAGACAUCGAACGAAAUAUUUGUGAUAACGGUGUUGAAGAUUUAGUUGUGGCGAGUCAUGACGACGCUACCAUGUUAAUGUAUAAAAACCGUAAAGAGCGUCGUUUUGAUGCUAUUGACCUCGACCCUUACGGUUGCCCCUCGAUUUUUCUCGACUCAGCGGUCCAGACAAUCAAAGAAGGGGGCUUACUGCUAGUCACAGCCACUGACAUGGCCGUUCUUGCAGGCAACUCCCCUGAAACGUGUUACAGCAAAUACGGGGCUAUUUCAUUACGCAUGAAAGCCUGCCACGAAAUGGCUCUGAGGAUUCUGUUACAGUGUAUUGAGGCACACGCGAACCGAUAUGGACGUUAUAUAGCCCCCUUGUUGUCCCUAUCGGCCGAUUUUUACGUCCGGGUUUUUGUCCGAGUGUUCACAAGCCCGAAAAAAUGCAAACAAACUUUAAGUAAAUUAUCAAUGGUUCAUCACUGUACCGGUUGUGGGAGUUACGUCUUACAACCCUUAGGUGUGAUUAAAACCAACGAAAAAACGAAACAAAUGAAAUACGGUUUGCCGACUCGGGGGUUCCCCAACAUUUGCGAACAUUGUGACCACCCGUUUCAUGUAGGGGGCCCUGUGUGGAACGCCCCUUUACACUCGCCCGAAUUUCUAGCAAAAUUACUAACCGAAAUCCCGGAAAAUUUAGCUACGUUUAAACGUAUACAAGGUGUCCUGAGUGUAAUAAACGAGGAGUUGGUCGAUGCCCCCUUGUAUUACACGCUUGAACAAUUGAGUGGCACCUUACACGUUGAGACACCCUCGAUGGGGGCUAUCAGAUCGGCGAUUUUAAACGCCGGCUUUCAAGUAUCGUACACUCACAUGAACAAGACCUCAAUCAAAACAAAUGCUCCCAGUGAGUUGCUUUGGGACGUGAUGAGGGCCUGGGAGAGCCAACAUCCUGUUAAUAAGAAGAGAUUGGUUGAGAACAGCCCAGCUACCAAUAUUUUAAAGAAGGAAAGGAAGUUUGAGGUGUCGUUUGAGCACCACGAGGGGGCGAAUCCCCAGUCAAAGAAAAUGGGCUUUUUGAGGUUCCAACAAAAUCCCAUGCCGAAUUGGGGCCCCGGAACUAGGGCAACCGCAAUGGUUGGGGAUAAUAAACUAGAGAAAAGGAAACGAAAUCAAGGGAAACGGAAAAGAGAGGCGUCCACGCUGCAACCAGGAAAACCUCAGUCGGUGCUCGAGCGCAGAGUUGGUUGCAUCAAACCGGGCGCGAUGGCCACCAAGGGCUUCAAAGUCACCGAUUCCGAACGCAAGUCACGUGUGGGCAUUGCCGCCAAGACCCUCGACGACUUGAAACGCAAAACCGUGGAAAAAUUCAAGUUGGAGCUGCCCCCCGACGAGAUUUUCCUCCAGACGCAGGACGGCACUCUGGUGGAAAACGACGAGUAUUUUCAGACCUUGCACGCGCAAACGCUCCUCAUCUGGGUGAAAAACGGCGAAAAGGCCCCCACUGAUGCGGAAAUUUUGUACAAAACCAUCCGCGAAGUCAACGACGAGUAUCUGAGCGCCGGGGAAAAAGUCCAGGAGUUUUUCACCGAGAAAAUGAAAAACAAAGUUUUCAAGUUGGCCGAGGUGCUCCGGGGGAUCGACGGCGACAAAGCCAAGUUCAGUCUCAAGUGCGACCACCCCGAGUGGUUCGAAGGCCUUGACACCAAUGCAAAAACCAAAGAGGACUAUAUGUUUAGGAGGGCACAGGACCGGAUUCGGACCUAUUUCUACAAAACCCGAGAGGAACUGUUGAAGGAGCCCACGCUGCCCCCAAACCGGUUGCGGAGCCUCGUCGACGAGCUUCAAAACCGACUUAAACUGUCCAAGUUCAAUGGACAUUUCUUCGAUCGAAGCGACGACAAGAGCUUGUGCGACGAGAGAGGCGAGUUCACCUGUCAGGGCAGGUGGAACAAAGACAUGUGUCUCUACAGCCCCCAACAUCGCAUUAAUCCUUACGAAAGCAGGGAGGGGAGGAUUAUCUUCCAGACGUGGAAUUUGGACCACGUGAUUGAACGCUCGAGGGCGGUUAUACCCGGGAUCGUGAAGGCUUUGAAAGACGCCGAGUGCACGAUCGUUAACGAUCGCGAGGCUUCGGUCGAUGUCAAAGCCAUCUAUAACGAUUUGUUCACUUUGCACAACCUGAAGUUUGUACAUAUUGUGUGUCAUGAUAAGGGUAGACAUAGCACGAAAAAGGCAGGGCCGUAUCUGCUUUAUUAAGCCCACCUCCUUGAUAAAUCGGAGACGAACCGCCCACUAGUUUUAAGAUAUUCAUUUUAUGAUUAAGCGACCCAAGGGCAGAAAAUCUGUAGUUAACUUAGUCUUUAAGGCUUUUCGUGUACAACUUCCAACUGCCAAACUUUUUGUUUUAUUACAAAAGACUGAUUUUGAGAAAAAUGAGCUUAACCCAUCAUCGGGUCUGUCACAGAACCAUUAUAUUUUUAAAUCAAUGUAACGAAAAAUGUAGCUAGAGCUUUACGUUCGUAUCCACAAAUGCUUAUCAAGUUAUAAUGUGAUUAUGCUAUACAAUAAGACAUAUACACCUAUUUAUUAUAGUAUUGUCAUAGUAGUGGCUUGUAGCUUGUAGACGCAAUAAUAGUGUAGUUGGGGAUUGCUGGUACUGUGAAAAAGGCUGUGUCGGGAUUGUUAUCCCCUUGUUAGUGCUAAGUGACUAUUAAUCAUAGAUUAGCCAAUCAUAUCAUACCGGAAAAAUAUGACUGAAACAUGUUGACUGCCAUACAAGUCAUACCUUGUAGAACCUAUAUAUUCAAUAAAUAAAUGUUUUAUCUCAAAAAA